CUUAAACUGGUGAUCAACAUUAUUCAUAAAACUUCGGUUUCUUCAAGUUUAAUUACUUCUUUGGCCAUAAAUUCAUUGAAAAGGAAUAAAAACAAAGGCAUUAUGGAUAAUGAACAUCUAUCGAAUAAUUUAAAUCAAGCCAACUCACUUGAAUUAAUUGAAGUUAUAGAAGAAAUGACAGUUGAUAAUGAUAUUCUUGAAAACUUUCUUCAAGAAGAAUAUGAUGAAGAAGUUUAUGUUGUCGAUGAAGUAUAUAUUGAAGAUAAUGAUUUGAUUAUUGAUCAAGAAUUUUAUUUAUCACCGGAAAUUGAAAGUCAAGAUCAAGAAUAUAACGCAUCACUGGAAAUUGAAAGUCAAGAUCAAGAAUAUAACGCAUCACUGGAAAUUGAAAGUCAAGAUCAAGAAUAUAAUGCAUCACAGGAAAUUGAAAGUCAAGAUCAAGAAUAUAAUACAUCAUAUGAAAUGGAGAGUCCAACCAGUGAUCAAUCUCUGUCUGAUGACUGUUGUAGUCCAAUUACAAUUAGUGAUGUUGAGGAUACCAGCAAUGUACAGUUGGAACCUACAUUAUCCAUGGUUGCUGAAGAAGGUUUAAGUAUCAUAAAUUAUAUAGAAACACCUCCGAAUAGGAAUAUGUUCCCUGGCUAUAAUGAGACGAUUUUUAACGAGUUGAAAAACUUUAUCAGUAACAAAUCACCAAGUGAUUCAGUGAAUCCUUCUAGGGAUUGUGGUGUUAGUAAGUUUUACGACUUACUAAGAUUAUGUAUUCCACACCUUUGGCUUAAUGAUAUUAUAAUUGAACAAUAUAUUAAACUUUUGAUCCGAAAUUGUAAAAAAUAUAAAGUAUUGAACUUAGGUUCAUUUCUCUUUAAUAGUAUUGAUAUUCAUGGGUUUAGUGGAACAGUACAAUUGUUGUUAAAAAAGAAAAGUAUACUUGAUUACGAUAUAGUUGUGGUUCCUGCGCACUUGGAUGACACUCACUGGGCCUUAAUAGUUGCAAAUUUAAAUGAAAGAAAAAUAUUUGUGUAUGAUAGUUUUACCAUUCCAUAUGAAAGUCUUCAUGAAAAAAUGAAAAUAUUCAAUUCUUUUUUAAAUGAAGUAUAUCUUAAAAAAAAGCUGGGUGUAAAUGAUCUAAAAGACUUUGCAUGGACUAUUAAAAUGGGGAUUUCCCCGUUGCAGGAAAAUUUGUCUGAUUGUGGUGUAUUUGUAUGCACCAACGCAAGAUAUCACCUUUUCGAGGUACCGAUUAACUUCAAUCAGGGAGACAUUCCCCUAAUCAGACAAAGAAUGUCUUAUGAACUUAUACAAAACACCUUGUUAUCUACUCAUUAAUUUUUUUUUAACGAAACUAUCAUCCAAAUUAUAACUAUAUAUAUUAUGUUUCAAACUAUAAUCAUCUAUAAUUAAAUUUUUAGUUGUUCCCUACAAUUAGAUACAAGCUAGGAUAAUGUUCUUUUUUAACUUGUGUAAAUAUAUAUCUGUAUAGUUCUUAACUGAUAUUGAACUUAAUCAGUCUUUCAAUUAUUUGUGAUGCCAUGUCAUAUCACUUAUAUAUAUUAUGACAUUGACUGUGUUAAAAUUUAAAUCUGAACAGUUUAUGGAAAAUGACCAAUUUCAUUUUGUUUUUGUUAUAAAUUUAAUGGGUCUUUGUUUUAAGACUGCCGCCAAAAUAAAAUGUAAGACUGAAUAAUGUUUUUAAUAUACUGGAUUUAAGCACCUCUUAUAAUUUUGGUUUAAGGACUUAAUCAUUAUUAUCCAUUAAAACGAUUAUUUUUAAUAGUGAUCGCUUAAAUUGCUUUAUUUGUAUUUUCUGUUAAACUUUAUUUCUAUCAUUCCGUAACAUUUUUUAUGUAUUAACUGUACAUUAUUAAUAUUGUGCAUUAUGUAUGAUAUAUAGUCACUUUAAUACUUAAGGUGAUUCACGUUUUGUUUUAAUCUUUUGAUGGCCAACAAAUUUAAUUAUUAUAUCUUAUCCCUCCAAUGUAAUGACUAUGAAGAUUUCACAAACUAACUUAAUAAGCUUAUUCCGUUUUAAUGUUUCAAAUUUAUAAUAGUCUUUUAUACUACUUAUGAAAAUAUUGAUAAUAUUUGUUUUAACUUAGGUAUCUAUUAU